AUGGCGGGGGCUCUGGCGAGACUCACGGCCAAUAUCGGAGGCCCUGGUGAACGGCGUAGAAGAACGUACGCCACGGUGAUUAUGUCCGUGCUAUUGCACGGGGCCCCGAUUUGGGCGCAGACUAUAGCGAGAAAUCGCAAAGUCUUAGGAAGCGUGCGCAAACUACAACGGCAGUUAGCCCUAAGGGUCAUCAGGGGAUAUCGCACCGUCUCCCACGAUGCGGCGGCGAUCUUAGCAGGAAUGAUCCCGUUCGAUCUGGCGGCAGAUCGUAUUAGACGGGCGUACCUACGUAAGCGAGAUAUAAUCGCCCGGGAUGGCGAAAUUACCCCGCAUGUAGGAGCGAUGUUGUUGGAGGCCGAGCGACGACGCGCGAUAGCGCGAUGGCAAAGGCGACUCGAGGAGCUACCCCCGGAUGGACCAGGCGCGGCUGUGCGCGGGGCCAUUGGGGAAGACGUAGAAGCAUGGAUCGGGAGGACGCACGGGGCACUCACGUACCGCGUGACACAAAUGCUGACGGGACACGGGGUCUUCGAGGCCUAUUUGUAUAGAAUAGGCCGAAGAGACACCCCGAUAUGUGUGUUUUGCAGGGCGACGAGUGACACAGCGGUCCAUACCCUUUUGUUUUGCCCGGCUUGGGGGGAACGGAGGGGGGAGCUGCUCGCUAUCGCGGGAGUCGAUAGGGCGUUCCGGGCUGUAGUGAGGGCCGCCGUGCGAUCUCGCGAGGCGUGGAGCGUACUCGCGGACUUCUGUGAGAACAUCAUGCGGAGGAAGGAGGAAGACGAGCGCGCUCGGGAACGGGGUCUCGACCCGUGUGUAGGGAUGCUCGUUCUUCCCCCAGAUGAGGAAGACUCUGACAUGGAUUAG